CCAAGGCCCAUUGCACCCGAUUGAGUCUACUGCUGCCCCGCAGUGUCGUGCGAGGGUGACAAACAUCCGCCCCUCCGCCUCAUCUCGGGCUCAUUGCAGAGCGGACAGUGGGUCUAGGCAGUCGCAUCGCGCGAUCUCCGAGGAGGCUGAGCCGUUGCAGCUAUGAAGUACCUCCUCCAAGCCAUCGAAAGCCGGCGACAAUGCGUCAAGCUGUCGGACCCCGAGCUCACAAAGCUCCUCACCGACGUGCAACGCGCCAGGGAUGACCGCUCUAUGCUCGUCGAGUCCCUCGAGCGACUAUUGCAAGAUCUCCGAGCUCAGUCGCACGCUGCGGCUUUUCUGUCCAGAGUCAACAAAAGGGACGCGCCCGACUACUAUGAUGUGAUCAAAAAUCCAAUGGACCUGUCCCUCAUGCUCAAGAAUGUCAAGAGUGGGAAAUACAGGACUAAGGAGUCGUUUCGAAGGGACCUGGACCUCAUCUGGGACAAUUGUUUGAUAUACAACAGCGAGCCGUCCCACCCUCUCCGCGUGUCUGCCAACCUCAUGCGCAAGAGGUCACACGACCUCCUCUCAUACAUCCAGGACUCAAAGGACGUGCAAUCAGCUCUUUCCGACUGGGUCGCGAAUCACACGAACCUCACUCUCGCUCAGGCAAAGGCAUUGCAGAAGGGUGACCUCUCGGCGAUCAACAGCAUCACGACUCCGAUCACUUCAGCUGCUUCAGCACCAGCAGGGGCGGAUCCGAAUAGCAGUGCAGCGAUCGCAGGAUCGUCAUCCACGCCGCCUCCCGCAUCGAUCGUGACGGUGACUGAUGGGAAGGAUGGGCCCAAGAAGAUGGUCAAGAGUGAGGCGACUGAGCAGGACAGCGAGGCAUUUGAGAAUCGGCCAGCGCUACUGGUCGCCUCAGGCGCCAGUCUGGCAGAGACGGCUAUUGAAGAGCGACGUCGUGGAGAGAGAGACGAAUAUGCGUUGAGUACCGCCACGGGAGAAGAUUGGGGAGCGGCAAGGGGCGCUUCAGGCAGCACUCAUCGCAUCGCUCAGCCAGUCUUUGAGGCUCAAGACGAAGAGGCAGAGGUGGAUCGCAUCAUCUCCUCUUUGGCGGAAGGUCGCUCAGCCAGCCUCGUGGCCGGUGGCUCUGUAUGGGAAGACCAGGACGCGCAAGCAGCUUCAUCAUCAUUUCGUCCCUACCCGUCGUCAUCAGCACAGCGCCUCGACGUCAUGCUCCCCAAGCUGCCUGCAUCGCACCUUGCUGCGCCACGCCGACCGAGCAACGGACCCUCUUCACCCAGCAAGAGGAGGAAAGCUCAACACCCAGCGUCAGCAAUAGCAGGAGUAGAUGGAGAGCGUCAGCAGCCGAAGCGACGCAGAGCGACGGACGUCAUGCGCGGCAACAUCGCGACGCUCAAGCGCAUGAAGCGACUGAAGGACAAAUUCGACAUACUCGACUACUGUCUCGACAACGAGCAGCCUUUACCUGGCAGCUUGCUGAUCGACUCGGACGAUGAGGAUGACCGAGCCUUAGGACGCAAAGACAACAAGCGGGCACGGCUGAAUGGCUUCACCCACCACCCAGAAGCGGGGCCCUCCAAUCCCCACCCACGGAUAUCCCUUUCUCACGCCCGGUCUAGUCUCAAGGAGCGCAUAGCUCUCAUCGUCGGAAACGCAGGCUUCGAGGCAGCUCAGACGCGUACAAUGGACGUCCUUGCGGGAGUCGCCGAGUCUUUCCUGCUCAGUCUAGGCCGGACCAUCCGCCUCUACGUCGAUCGAUACGGGACCCCCUCGCCCUCCUCCUCCAUGUCCCCCGAACAGAUCCUCCUGCACGUCCUGCACACUACCUCCCGAUCGAGCCCCACCGACCUGGACAAGUACAUCACAGAGGACACAAUGCGCUACUCUUCCCGUCUGGCGGAGCUCAAGCGCAAGCUCGAGGCGUCAUGGAAGGAGCGGGUGGCGCUGGGAGAGGAGAAGCUGAUGACGGAGGAGGAUGCAAGAUUCUUCGGUGAAGAGAGCGAAGACUUGGUCGCGGGCAAUCUGCCGAGUGCAUUCGAGGACGACUUCUUUGGCUUCAAAGCGAUGGGCCUGGACGCAGAGCUUGGGAUGACGAACAUGUCCGUCCCGCUGAGGCUACUGCAGCGACGGGGACCUGCUGGGCGACGUGGGCUUGCUGGGGAUGCGGCUGCUGAUAGGGGGUCCGGCGAAGCCGAACAAACGAAGGACGUCUAUCCCCCGCCUCCAGCCUUUGUACCGCUCAGCGAGGCAGCCAUUCCCGCGCAGAUUGGGCUGUUGCGCCCCUUCUAUACCGAUUUGCUGCACAGGCGCGGGCAUCGCAAGGGGGCGCGGCAGGGCAACCAAGAUGGGGACGAGGCGGACGGCGAAGAUGAUGAAGAGGAGGAUGAGGAUGAUGGCAUGCUGGUGUUGAGCGAUGAGGAGCAGGAGAGGACGACGAGGUACAAGGUGCCUCCUACGGGUAAGAUGCCAAGGAGGGACUUCUGGCGACCGGGUGGGACGACUGCCCCGGCGAAGAAGGCCGCACCCCCCGCGCCCGUCGCUACUGCUGCGGCGUCGAACAAAGGAGGGGCAAAGGGUGGCUCAGCUACUGCAGAAAAGGCGGGCACUGCGUCUGGCGGUGGAGGAAGAGGAGGAAGAGGAGGGGGAGGCAGGGGUCGCGGCCGUAAGAGGGGAGGCAAGGCGGAUUGACCAGGCUGUUGCGAUGGCCCAUCACGCGCGAUCUCUUUUGUCCGCCCCGCAGCCAAGAAGAGGAGCAAUUUAUCUUGGACCUGUUGACGUUUCUCAUUAGUAUGCAAAAGAUGGGACUGUGUAUCUGUCGUUCGUAUCGAUGCACACGUC